AUGGAAGCACGCGCAGAAUUUUUCCUGCGCCAAUUUGAUCUACUGACUGUGGAACAGAGAGAUUUGCUGGAAGAUUGGGAAGUCGUUCUUUGUGACCUGUCCCCGUUGGAUGCGGAUGCUUUUAGGCUCCGCAUGGAAUCUGGAAUCUUGUUUCGACCGCAGCCGCUGGGUGUGUUGCGCAGCAGGCAGUUCAAAGAUGAUCCCACGGCCGUUUUUAUUGUGCUUUUAUUGGAGCGUUAUUCCGAGAGAUUGACGGAAGAACAGACGGAAUGCAUUUUGCAGCAUUUGUGCGUCUGCAACUUUCUGGCGCAAUUUGUAGAUGAAAUUGUGCAGCUGCAAAGGCAGAAUUUGAGGGAUGUGGUCAUGAGCAAUCAAGCGAACACCCACGCAGCGUGGAACGACGCCAAGAAUUUUUGGACACGCCAAGUUCAGUCAGUUUCUGUUGAAGAAAGAGAUUUGUUGGAAGACUGGGAAUUUGUUUUGUGUGAUCCGGUCGCAUUGAAGGAGACUGUGGCUUUGCGGCCCCGUCUCCAAAGAUGCUUCAAGCGUGUUGAUUCGCUUCUCACGGAGCGAGGGGAAGCUGUGAAAAAAAAAGGGGUUAGGUACUUACAGCUUGCUCUGCGAAGCCGGCACAUGCUACAAUUUCCGAUGUCGACGUUUGCCCGGGUAUUUUUUGAACGCUACAGUGACGAACUGGCAGCAGAGCAAAUUGAACCCAUGGCCGUGCGGGAAGAAAAGAUAUGCGAAGUGAGCGCACCAGACUGUGACGCAGCGAGCGUGCACCGUUGCGGCAGCAUUGGUUUGUGUACAAGUUUUUUUUGCAACGUUUGCAGAUGA